CCACAGUCUGUCGUACUAACGUCUGUUUGUAGUGUGUGGGGGGAAGGCAACGAGGUGGGGCAGCGUUCCUGUGGUUGUCAUUCUAGGCAUUGCUUUCUUUACUGGUAACAUUUCUCCUGUAUAUCAAGAUGCAUUCGUAUUCCUGGAUAUUGCUGCUAUGGACGACCCUGGUGGUGUCCAAAGUGCUGGUCGUUGCACAGAUCUCCAACCCAGGUUAUGGGAGUCAGACCAGAGGACCGGGAGAUGCGGGUAAUGCUGGUCAGAGAGGUUCAUCGGGUCAACAAGACAGCAGUCCAGUUGUAGGUGGCGGUCCGGCCGUCGUCAGCGGUUCGCGUCUGGGUGCUGGAUUAGGCCUUGGCAGCAGUAAAGGAAUAAAUAUUAACCUCGGCCAAGGCAUCGGCGGCGGUCCAGCUAGUACUUCUGGGCAAAGAGUCACCGGCGGUGAGAGGGCUGCACAGGUCAGCAGCGGGCCUCGAGCUACCUCUGGCAGCAGCGGUCCGGCUUCUUACGCUGGGGCAAGGUAUGGCAGUCCUCAAGUGAGCAGAGUGGAUGCACUAUUUAACCCCACUGUCACCCAGCUCUUCACCGUCGACCGCUUCGUCACCCUCACUGAUCAGGCUUUCCAGAGUGUGGCUGUCACCCUCACUUCCCUCACAGUCCAGACUGUUACCACUGGAACACGCGGGGUGGUCCAGACGCCGGUGGAUGACCGCGUCGCCCUCCAGACAACGGUAGUUGUCAGACCUUCAACACUAACGGUCACGUACGUGCAGUCAGACUUCAGGAUUGUGACUGAAAGGUCUUUAGACUACGUGACCAUCGCUCACACCUCUUACGUCAUCAUGCAGACUACCUACACUACUACUGCUACCCAAGUGCUGUCGUACACGACAACGCUGGUGAGAACAAACAUCAAUACUAAGAGCACGGUGUUCACGGACUACCGCACAGUCACCGACACAGUCCUCGUCCCCGGAGCCCGCUACGGUUAUAGACAGCUCUAGCAAGUUCAUUAGUGUUAAGGGUUUAAAGAUCGUAAUAUUAAACAUGUAUAACAGUAUCGGUGUGUAUGGUCUAUUAAAACCUAAUAAAAG